GCACAAUGAGAAAGCGAUUAAUAGUGUGAUGGAACUGUUGCAUACAAAAUCAAAUUGACUCUCUGUUGUUUAUGGUUUAGUAAUUUAUCAGGUACAAUAAAAGUGAUUAAUGGAUAUUAUUGAGUCCUAUUGAGAAACUCCAGACAGAAAUUCUGUCCAAAUUUGGUAUUGGUCUUGAUUGUUGCACCGUAUUCACUCUUCCUUAAGAAAAAUAUAUUGCAUGCUACAGGAUGUUGCAGUCAAGGUUCUAACAGUCCAAGAUUUUUGUGAUGAUCAGUUGAAGGAAUUCUUGAGGGAGGUUGCGAUAAUGAAGCGUGUUCGUCAUCCUAAUGCUGUGCUCUUCAUGGGUGCGGUUACACAACGGCCACAUUUGUCAAUCGUGACAGAAUAUCUACCAAGGGGUAGUCUAUACCGCCUCAUCCAUAGGGCAGAUGCUGGUGAAGUUUUGGACCAAAGGAGGCGCUUACGCAUGGCUCUGGAUGUGGCCAAGGGUAUUAACUAUCUUCAUUGUCUUAGCCCUCCGGUAGUUCACUGGGAUCUUAAAUCUCCAAAUCUGUUGGUUGAUAAAAAUUGGACGGUGAAGGUAUGUGAUUUUGGGUUGUCCAGAUUCAAAGCAAACACUUUCAUAUCUUCAAAAUCUGUUGUUGGAACAAAAUCUGUCAUAAAAGGUUGGCUCAGAAGCCUUCUGGUUUGA